UCGUCGUCGUCGUCGUCGCCGUCCGUCACCACUCGCUUGUCUACUUGCAACUCGGUGUGAAGAAACGCGUCGCCCUUAAUCCACGCGCGCGCUGUAUUCUGCUUUGCUUGCUGUCUUGGGAAAUUGAGCCAGAAGUGCAGUCGACAACCAACCAACCAAGCCAGCCAACCCAGCCCAGCCAGGCAGCGCGACCGACGCCGCCGCCGCCUCCUCCUUGCCCGUGUUUCAACCCUACUCGCCUCCUCUUUCCGUGUCUGUCUGUCUGUCGCGACAACCACCCCCCAGUCACAACUUGUGCAACUUGCACUCCCCCUUCUUGUCCCCAUCGCAUUUCUUCUCAUUGUUCCUUUUCAAAGACUCCGAGGACUCGCACCCAACAGCAGCAGCAGCACACACACGCUCCAACGCGCGCACACACGCACACACACAUACCUGAUCUCGCAACACGCGCCCGCAACGACGGACCAGCCCACCCAACCCCCCCUACCCGGUUAGGUUUGGGCAAGUGUUACCCUAUACCAGUCAUUCAGCCAGACGAGGCCCCCCAUUGUUGGCGCACCCACGGCCACCACGGCGCACAGGGCACGCGCGUCGAGCAACCCAACCUUGGACCACCACCACCACCAAACCCAACACCACGCGCGCGCUCGGCUCGCCUGUUGCACAACCCUUCAACUCUCUGUCCGACCGCGUCCCUCGUCUCAACCAACUAGGCCAAAGAGUCAACAGCUCAACCUCUUCUGGCACCGCCGACUUGCCGCCGCCGCCAACGCCGCCAGCAAGCAAGCAAGGGCCCGUCCACACAUCACUCCGCGCGCGGUGCUUCCCCUGGCACAUUGCCCGUGUGUGUCUCGCUGUUGAUUGCCACCCUUCAUGGCAUCGGUCCUCUCCUACAACAUGUCCGACCCAUUCGCGCAGCCCCAAGUGGCGCGCAGGUCGGUAGAUGACCCUGCGGCGCGUUAUCCCACCCCUCCUUUCUCCCCACCGGCUGCUCCAGUUGCUUCUCAGAGCCAACAAGCCUACCCGCAGCAGCAGCAGCAACCGCAGUCGCAACCCCACCACCAGCAUCACUCGUCGCGACAAUCGGCGGCGUCGGCAUCGACUUCGUCCUCCCGUCACCAGUCGGCAAGGCCCUCAUCAGGCGCGUACCGCCUUGACGAGUUUGGCAGCUACGUCCCCAUUCAGGCAAGCGGAUCAGCGUCGGCGUCGGGCUCGAGAUCGCAUCGCUCAAGUCACGCUCCAACAAUGCCCCUACCACAGCCGGGAGACGCAUCAUCUUUGCCCAUUGCACACGGGUCGUCUCACUCGCACUCCAACUCGCAGUCUCAGGCUGUUAGUGCCGCCCAGCGCAAGCGACAGUCGCACAACCCCAGCUCCGCCAUGGACGCUUCUCCCCCGAAGCCAGAGGCCUUGUCGGACGAGUACGUACUGCACCCUUCAGUCUACGCCUACAAACUCGCCCACCCAAAUCGUCCGAUGAUCGCCCUUGGGCAGUACAUCUUACUUCAAACUUUGGGAGAGGGAGAGUUUGGCAAAGUCAAGCUUGGUGUUCACAGCGACUACGGCGUGGAGGUCGCAAUCAAGUUGAUCCGGAGGGGACAGCUGGACGACGAGACGCGUGCAAACAAGGUUGAACGUGAGAUUGAAGUGCUCAAGAGCUUGAAACACCCAAACAUUGUGCGAAUGCUCGACGUAAUCGACACGGCCAAGUACAUCGGCAUCGUCCUCGAGUUUGCUGGCGGCGGCGAGCUGUUCGACUACAUCCUGGCCAACAGGUACCUCAAGGAGAAGGACGCAUCACGCCUGUUCGCCCAGCUCAUCUCGGGUGUCGACUACCUCCACCAGAAGAACAUUGUUCAUCGGGAUCUGAAGCUCGAGAACCUGUUGCUGGACAAGCACCGCAACAUCAUCAUUACCGACUUUGGCUUUGCCAACCGCUUCGAGAAUGGCGAGAGCGAUCUCAUGGCGACAAGCUGUGGAAGCCCCUGCUACGCCGCUCCAGAACUGGUCGUGUCCGAGGGCCUGUAUGUCGGUUCGGCUGUCGAUGUCUGGUCUUGUGGCGUCAUUCUCUACGCCAUGCUGUCCGGUUACCUCCCUUAUGACGACGACCCAGCAAACCCAGACGGUGACAACAUCAACCUGCUCUACAAGUACAUCAUGACGACCCCGCUCAACUUCCCUGACCACAUGUCCCGGUUGGCCACGGACCUCUUGCUGAUAAUGCUGGUCCCGGACCCACAGCAACGGUGCACCAUCCCCCAGAUUGAAGGCCAUCCCUGGCUCGAGAACUACCACGACCUCUUCCUGCGUUCUGUCGAGGACCACGAGCACAUCUUCACCGAGAACAUGUACCGCAAGAGCCUACAGGCAAAGCGCGACUUGGCCCAGCGCAGAAAGCUACAGCAAGAGGCGAGGUAUGCUCGCCACAUGCAGCGAAGCCAGAGCUCGGCUCCUGGAACUGGCGGACAUGCCAGUUCCUUUGGCGACCAGCCCAGGCGCAAUCGCGAGCAGCGCCAUCGCAGCGCUCUUCCCGGCACGUCGACAAUGCCCGACUUCACGUACAACGCCGGGCACAGCUCCCACAUGUCUACCUCGGCGUCUGCCCGCUACCCGCUUGCUCCAGCCGACAUGGCGCCGUCAGCGUCGUUGCCUUUGACCCCUGUCGCUCCACUCGACGAGGAGGCCCGCGAUUCGUUCCCAGUCGAGGUCUCGCAGUCUGCGCCCAGCGCAUCUCCCCUCGAGGCAGCUCCUGCCCCUCCUGCCGCGUACGAGCUCAAUGGUGUGGCGGACAAGGCCCCACAAGUGUUGCAUGAGCCCUCGACUCCGACCCGCCCCAAGUCGUCCAAGCCACCCAUGUCGGCCAACAAGAAUCGUCACACUAUUCAGCUCGAAUACGAUGGUGGUGACAACCAUGACUGGGAGCGUGUCAAGGCUGAUCUGCGGGCGACGCAGACCAAGAACACGACCCUGCCCAUCUCGACGCCUUCCACGCCCCCCAAGCAGGCUCUCAACGUUCCUCAGGCCGGUGACAUGGACAUCGAGUCGUCGUCCGAGAUCGACAUGGGCGAGACAUUGACACCUGGAGGCGCAGAUGAAGAGGCCGUUACGACGCCAAAGCCAAUGGGACCACCCACCUCGGUCUUCGUGGAGGUUACCCCGCCCAUUGUUCGUGCCGCAGCCGUCGCGGUCGAAUCUCCCGCCAAGGACACUCAGCCCGUCGCGGUCCAGGUGCAAGAGAUGCCGCCUCCUCCUGUCCCAGCUCCUCGAACGCCACCCCCACCGUCCACGCCUUCAAAGCGGUCUCGCGAUGGCGACACGGAGGCAGAGGCGGAGGCCCUUGCCCAACGGGAGCGUCUCGUCUCGACACCCAAGGCAAGCGCGAACGACACUGCUCAGGUUUCCACCCCUCGUGCUACCCAGGCCACUCCCCGCGGGCCCUCUCGGGACAACGACAAGCUUCCCCCUGGCGCAGCUCCUUCACCCACAAAGGAGGUUCGUCUCGAACAGACCCCUCCGACGUCGAUCACCCCUCUUCCGCCUUUGCCCUCGCAGUCUUCGCAGUCAUCUGUACCUGCGCCGCCACCAAAGCGGCCUGGUAGAUCCCGCAAGGGCAUGUCUCUCGACAAGUUUGGCCUCGCCAAACUUCUCGGGCAGGCAGACGCCGCCAACAAGAACAACCAGCCUCCUAGGCAAACUUACAUCCCGGUUUCCCAGCAUAACAAGAGUGCCUCGGUGGCUUACCCGUCAACUGGGAGUGCCUCUGGUGCUGCGGCCGCUACUGUGGCGGACAAGAAGUCGCGUCGCCGCACGGUGCAGCUCUCCAAUGGACGCGCUGCCACUCCGGACAGUCAGCACAACGACCAAUCCGCGUCUGCUGCGUCGUCGCAGAAGGCCGGCGUUCCCGUACCGGUUGUUAGCACCCAAGGCAUCCAGCCUCGCCCUUCCACCGACCAUGGCCAGAGCACCACUUCGUUCAUCACGGUGGAUGCGCACAACCUCCGUCACUCCGAACACCAGCCGCCUCGCACAGCGUCCAGCAGUGCCGCCAAGCGUGUCAUGGACUGGUUCCGCCGCAAGUCGCUCGCCAAGGACACGUUACUUAACAUCAAGGCGUCCAGUGUCCGCGAUGACUCUGUUUCGAGUGUCGCUCAGUCAAACUCGGACCGCAACCAUCACUUGGCCGACGUUACCGAGCUGGCUGAGAACCACACCGGCAGAGACUCGCUUGACCACCUCGCCGUCUCUGAGACAAGCAGCCUUGCAGGCGACGAGACCGGAGGACCUGCUAUCAUUAUCGGAGAGGUCAAAGAGAAGGAGAAGGAGCCCGUGGCCGAGAAGGAGAAGCCAAAGGUUACCCUGGUGCCUCCCACUCCGCCUGUGGUCACCGCCAAAGCUCCGACUAGAAUCCCUCUGGCUGUUGCCAACAGCAAGGCCAACGCCAGUGUCGUCAGCAUCGACUCAAAGUCGACUACGCCACCGAAGGCCCGGGCAACCGGUGCCCCUACCAGAUCCAAGUCGGUACGCGCCCCUGGACCCCACGGCAACAACCGCUCUGCUGCUGGUUCGAGUAUCGCCUUGGUCUCGGCCCAGUCUGUCGCGGAGGCCCGCGGUCACAACACGAGCACGCCGUCCGCCGAGGAGAACAAGCUUCGCGUUCACACCGGCCUGGUCGACCAGUCGGCUCUUAGUUCGCGUCCUCCUCCCGAGGUCAUGGCAGAGGUCAUUCGUGUCCUCCAUGGCAUGGGCAUCGACAUCAAGCAGGAGACCGAGUACAGACUGCGCUGCACGCGUGUCCGCCGCCGCAAGGCUGGUGCAACUACGUCCAUUUCUACUGGCGGAUUCGGCAGGUCUGACCGUGGCCUCCCUCUGCCUUCGACUCCCUCUGGUGGCAUCUCAGGCCUCAAGGGCAUGCUCCUCCGUCGUGGCAGCUCGUACUCGUCGCAGCACUCGUCGGCACUCGCCCGCAGCGAGAGUGACCUCUUAGCCGCUUCAGCGUCCACUACCCCGAGCUUUGUGUCGCCCGCCCUUGGCCCAGUGCCAGAGCCAGUCUACGGCGACCACUCGACCGACAGCGGCGACGAAGUCAAGUUUGCCAUCGAGCUGUGCCGAAUCAAGAACCUCAACGGCCUGUAUCUGCUCCAGAUCAAGCGCCUUCGCGGUUCAGUGUGGUCGUUCAAGUUCAUCUACCAGACCAUUGUCGAGCGCUGUGAGACCCUCACCCACUAGUCGGUGUAUCACCAUAUCCAUGUUCACUUCCCACCACGAUCCAACCCAAGAUCCUCAUGGUCCACCAUUCGUUCGCAUGCUAUCCAACACGUUCCCCCAACCAACAAGCAAACUACAACAACAUUUAUCAUUGUAAUCCCCCAAACCGCUGCCCAGACAAUUCGAGGGUUGCGUGUCGCCGCAUCACACAAUCCAUUGUACAUCGUGCUUGGCUCGCAGUAACUUGAUACCCUCCGUUCCUUAACCACGCUAGUUCUUGAGAUGUCCAUGCAACGUCGGAUCACG